GUGUGCAAAUCCACACAUCGCGAAGGUCGUCUCGGAUCCCUCGUGUGGCUCUCUCUGCUACGCCCCUUUCGCUGAAACCCUAUCCUCGCCCUCUCAACUCGAUCGGAGAAUCGGAUACUCGAUCCCCUCUCUCCUCUUCACGAUGUCGUCGGGGUCGAGCUCUUGGUCGCGAGCUUUGACGCAGAUCUCGCCCUACACCUUCGCCGCCGUGGGGAUCGCGAUCUCCAUCGGCGUAUCCGUGCUUGGAGCCGCAUGGGGGAUUUUCAUCACAGGAAGUAGCUUGAUCGGUGCCGCGAUCAAAGCUCCGAGAAUCACCUCGAAAAAUCUCAUUAGUGUCAUCUUCUGUGAGGCUGUUGCUAUUUACGGUGUUAUCGUUGCAAUCAUAUUACAAACAAAGUUGGAAAGUGUGCCAAAAUCUUUAAUACACCACCCGGAUUCUCUAAGAGCUGGAUAUGCAAUUUUUUCCUCUGGGAUUAUCGUGGGCUUUGCAAAUCUUGUCUGUGGGCUUUGUGUGGGAAUAAUUGGAAGCAGCUGUGCAUUAUCUGAUGCACAGAACUCCAACCUCUUUGUGAAAAUUCUGGUGAUCGAAAUCUUUGGCAGUGCGCUUGGAUUAUUUGGUGUAAUUGUCGGCAUAAUCAUGUCAGCUCAAGCAACAUGGCCAGCAUAGGCCACAUGAGCUCUUCUUGUCGGUAACAAAACCCAGUCUCUCUUCUUCUUCUUUUUUUCCCUCUUUCUGGGCGAUCUGAACUCAGUGCAGUUUUUUGAAUCUCUGAUCUUGAGUAAUAAUCUGCACUUUUUAAGAUCCAUAUGUCUCUAAAUGCUGUUGUAUAAUUUUUACUACAUGUUUCAUGGAGUUACAUGCAAAGAUUAUACGUUGCCGCAUCUUUGUACAAGAUACUGUUGUGCAGGUAAUAUUCUUGUGCCUGAUAAUUAAUAUGCAAAAUGUUUGUGUUAUCAAGGAA